GCUAAGUUUUUAUGGAGUUUUAAUGCGUUUGCGCCAAUUCGUGUAUUUAUAUUAUAAUUUCACAAAAUUGGUGUACCUCUGACCGGCAAAAAAGAAUUUACUUUGACAGAAAGUUGCAAAAAUGUCAACAAGACGGCAAGUAAUUACGAUUUAUCGCCUACUUUUGCGUGAGGCUGAAAAAAUCCCUGCCUACAAUUUCAGAAUGUAUGCCGGACGGAAAAUACGCGACACAUUCCGUGAAAAUAAAAGUAUUAGUGACUUUGCGGUUAUCGAUCAAAAACUGGCAGAAGCUAAACAAAAUCUGGAGCUUGUGCGGCGGCAGGUUAUCAUUGGACACCUGUACUCAGCCGAAAAACUUGUCAUUGAACAGCCUAAAAAAGCACUGCGUCGCUCAAAAUAAAAGCUGAAAUGUUUUUGAAUGCCCUAAAUAGUACUAUUGCAACUUGUUAUAUUCGCUACAUCAUAUUAGAAUUAGCAAUACUUUGACAAUUACAUUGUUUAUAUCGCAGUAACUGCAUUUAGGUUAGGAGGUUAAAAUUUGAGAUUUCAAAGGAAAGAAAAAAAGUUGAAAUAAAAAACGAGCUUUUAAUGUUAA